UCGGCUAUUGUCGGCUCCCCUCGGUUUCGGGUCGGCUUUACUCGGCUACACUCGGCUACACUCGGCUUCGUGGGCCUCCGCCUCGUUUUCUCGAGAAUAAAUGGAUUUAGUUCAUUUGUCGCAAUUUAAUUUUAGCAUAUCUUUGACCGCGUUCGCUUUUCAAAUGAGUUAAUAAAAAUGUUUUGAUCAUAACUUCCAUAAUUGAUUAAUUGGCUCGUGAUUUCUUCAAAAGGCUUGCACGAUUGAGCGGGAGGAACCGGGCACCAGGUUGGGGGAAAAAAAAAAAAAAAAAAGACCUUCACAGGAAGUGAUGAAGUCCAUCCUAGCGCAGCUGCACUCAAAGUACGCGGCAAAGACUUGGAAUGAGACUUUCCAGCUGGUGAGAAGAUGCACGGAGCAACCCCGCCAGCCGCCGCUUCCAUCUCUGGAAAGGCUCCAGGAGGCGUUUAACGGGUCGUGCGUGUACACCACGCGAUGUCGUUUGGAGGCGGUGGCAAAAGAGCAGGGGAUGGGCUUCCACUUCAGCGAGGCCACGUGCUACCUGACGGCCGAGCUCUUCUACCUGGAGGUGGCGCUGCUGCCGUGCGGCGGCGUGGACGACGUCAAGGUGGCGCCGCACGGAGGAGCCCCCGUUAGUAGCGAGUCGCUCCUGCGGCCUCUCAGCAGCUCAAAAGACUUUGCAGAGUUCUCCGCCGAACUCCGAGACCUCGUCAGUCAGUACGACUUCCCUGGGGAAAACCAGGUGAAAUUCAACCUUUUCACGGCGCUACAGCACCUCGCAAAAGACAUGCGAGCCAUGUUGCAAUUGGCCCGGGCGGGCAAUGACGGCAGCCCCCGGACGGACACGCCUAACGACGGCUUGCUCGGCUGUCUAAUCGCCGGAGAAGCAGAUCGCCCAUUGACCGUCCAGUUCUACGCUCUCCCGAGCGCUGAUGCAAAUUUCGGGGAAACUCAAGCGGCCCAGGUGGCGGUGGUCUCCAGUGACGUGAUGCACAAACUUCAGAUGGCGCCGGUCGUCCAGCCGCCUCUCCGACUGGACCCCGAAGGUUUUCCCGUCUCCUCCUCGACGAGCGAGGUGCCGCACGAGAUGUUUCCCGCCUGCUUUGCGCUACGCCUGCGACCGGCCGUGCCCGUGCUGACGACUUUUGUUGACAAGAUCAAGCAGAUUACAGACGUUGCAGUACCGGAUGUCGAGUUGCAGUGGGCGCAAUUUCCCACUCUCCUGCCGAGAGGAUCGAAAGGUUUCCAAAGUCCGGAGGAGCAUCAGGAUCGCAUUUUCACCGUGCCUCUUCCCGGUGACACGCCGCACGUUUACGUCUUUCCCGGGGCGGCGUGGAACGCGGCCCGCCACGCGGGCACCCUGACGGACUGCGUUCGCUUCACCGGCCCCGCCCACGUGCCGCGCCUGCUGGAGGUGCUGCGGCAUCAGUGCGCCAUCAACGCGCUGCUGAGGAGCUGCACGUCCCCGGCGCCAGUUUCAGAUUGCGAGCGUCGCUUCGAGGUCCGUCCGGAGGGUGACGACGGCUUUUCUGUGACUUUCCAGUGGCCAAACACGGACUCUCUCGCUCUUUUGCUGGUGAACAUUCCGGAUUCUCACCAGAUUACGUGCAGAUUAUACGUUGCUGGGAUUGGAGAGUCCUCCCUGGGCGAGUUUGUCUCCGCCGUCAUGAAGAGGUCCAUGUCCGUUCCUGUGACCCUGCAAAUGUUGUACGGAAAAAUCGAAUCGGCCGCCGCGGCUCCCGCCGACUCCGAAAAGGUCCCCUCGACCCCCCCGCGCGUCGCCACGGACGACCCCUCGUCUGCGUCCCAAACCUCCGCCCGACGGCUCCCCGACGUAGGCGUCGGUCCGGCCCCCGAUGCCCCCGCGGCCGUCUCGCCAGACUGGCUGACCACAAACGGCCAACCGUGACCAGCUGCCCUACUUUUCCGACUUCUAGAUUUGACACAUUUUGAGUGAUCAAUAAAUAUUUCCACUGAA